AUGGAUGUAGCAUCUCAAAGAAAGAUAGAAAACAAACCACAAUAUUGCCGAGAUGGAGCAGAUGCCAAGGUACCAAAUCCAAUCGAUCAUAGUGAGAAAAUGGUUUGUAGCGCUGGACGAAGUGUCCUCAACCUUGACAUCUCAAGCUUCUACACAUUUUGUGAGCAGGAGGUGACCCAUUUGGUGCACCCACAAAGCUGUGGCCAUGGCCCAUGGGAAGAUGCUACCAGUUUAUUAACAAUGGCCAAUUAG